AUGGCCACAGAGUGCACGGGCAUUACGCAUAUCAGUGAGGAUUCGUCCGAGAUUGCGUUUUUGCUAGUUGAAAACUAUCAACAGACCGUAAGCAGCGCCAUUAACCAACCGCCGGAUGCAGCCACUGACUUCCUACAGGCUCUUGUUGGUCUUCGGAUCGGCAAGGAAUUUUUGAAACUCCUUCGCGACUUGCUUCGCCCUUUUCAUCAAUUGUACAUGCUACGCGCAAGCACUUGGAGAAGAGCCCACUUCGGCCGACGCGACUAG